CUUGACCCUUUCGUAAUUUGAAUUUGAACUCUUACAACUUUACAACUUCCAAUUGAAAGAUCUAGCAAUAGUCGAUCACUGAUCGAUCAGAGAUGCAUCUUCGCUUUGUUUUUCUUUGGACUAUCCAAAUCCGUUAUUCAAUCUGCCGCCAAGUGAUCGAUUAGUAAUGCCUACCCUUCAACUAGAUCCUGAAUGGCAAACACUAUUAUACCCAGACAAUCGCUCUAGCCAAGCUAUUGUCGACGAAGCUAUCGACGAAUUCCAAUUGGUCUACCCUGAAGUGCUUAAUAUCGAAAGUGCACGAAUUGCAGAGGAACAGCCCCAAUAUAUUACCGAUCAAACCGAGAACCUUACCCUUAUUUCGGCAUCAAAAAACAAUGAUUUAGCAACGUCGAUUUUCGCUGAUACGAUUAUUUAUACACCCAAAUUGCCAGAGUGGCCUCAAUCUUCCCUUAACGGAACUGCAUACGUGAUCCUGGUCGAUAGUAAAAAUGAGGAGAAAGCGAGGAAGUUCUGGAAGAAUAUCCAGUUCUGCCAGGCUGGUCGUACUACUAAGUCCACCUGUGCAUUCUUGGAUAACGUUGAAGUUGAACGUCGUUUUUACUACUGUACUGGGUAUAAAGGGUGUGAAUACUUAGACGGAUCGAUUAUUAAUCGAUCAUUCUUCGCUGUUUCGACAAAAGAGUUUAACCUCCAGGAACAGGUUCAGGCACAGGUUGAGCAAGCACGAGCAGACCAGCCAUGGAUGGAUGCAUUAGACUGGCUAUACGGUAGAUUAGGACUACUUGAAGGCCAUUUAAAGCCUGGGAAGACUGCUACUCACUAUAAACCAUAAGAGCGUCUUAGAGACCUGCAAAAUAUACUUUACGCAGUAUAACGGAACGGUUUCUAGUGUGCCUCAGUGGCACUUACAGUGCGUUAACAAGAACCCCACAGUUAAGGACGAUCAGCAUAUUAGCCAUAUGUACGAACAAGUCCCGCGGCGCUGGAACUGUCACGACCUGGGUUGCAUCGCAUUGGUAGAGACCUCGAUUAGGUGCUAUCGACGAAGAUUCUACUCUAAGGAGCGAAGG